GACAGGACGCGGUAGGAGAGGGACGGCAUAUCCUGUCCCAUUAGAUAGUCUUAGUUUCAGGAAAAUAGUCUCACGGACAUUGGUGUUCAAGAAAUCUCUACAUAUCUUGUCAAUUAAAUGUGCCUAUCUUGCGUUGUCCCUACUAAAUUUGAAUGCCGAAUUGACAAAUCAGUGAUUGUAGUUAAUGUGUGCAUAAUUAGGCUCAACUUCCACACCAUCUGCUCUUUUAACCAAACACGCACAGAUCAGUGACUGUAAAUUCAUUAUCUUCCUCACUACAUCAUUUCUCUCUAUUUUUUCAAUCUUCCGUAUCAAGAGAGAUGUUAGGGUCUCAGUGCUGCAAGAAUCCACCAACAUUAAGCUCAAGUAGUGGAAAUGGGAGUGUGUUAGAACUUGGAGGGUUCAACACAUACGUUUCUGGUCCUUCCACUUCCAAACUCGCCAUUCUCCUCGUCUCUGACGUUUAUGGUUAUGAAGCACCAAAUCUGAGGACGAUCGCUGACAAAGUUGCAGCUGCAGGAUACUAUGUGGUGGUUCCUGAUUUUUUCUUUGGUGAUCCUUAUAAUGAGGAGAAGUCUUUAUCACCCUGGUUUGAAUUACAUAAACCAGAUAAAGGAUUUGAAGAUGCAAAACAGGUUGCUGCAGCUCUAAAAGACAAAGGUAUAUCUGCAAUUGGAGCUGCAGGGUUUUGCUGGGGUGCAAAGGUAGUUAUCGACCUAGCUAAAUCUGACGACAUUCAAGCUGCUGUGCUAUUGCACCCAUCAUUAGUCAAGGUUGAUGAUUUCAAAGAGGUUAAGCCACCAGUAGCUAUUUUAGCUGCUGAGAUAGAUCAUUUCUGUCCUCCAGAGCGUAUUAAGCAGUAUGAGGAGAUUUUAUUAUCAAAACCUGAGGUGGACAAAUUUGUCAAAAUUUAUCCUAGUGUUAAGCAUGGGUGGACAGUGAGAUACAAUGUUGAAGACAAAAAGGCUGUGCAGCGUGCUGAAGAAGCCCAUCGGGACAUGUUGGAUUGGCUUACCAAGCAUGUCAAGUGAGUGCAAAGAUACCUGGCAGUUGCAAUUUCCAGUACAGUGAGAAGGGAAGUGGAUUUAGCAGUGUCCGAGGUCCCCGUUCCUCUAUGUGACUUGGCUAUUACUUAGAUGACACAAGCAAAGAACUACAAUAAAUUUGCAGUUUGCUUCAUCAGUAGUUCCAUACAAUGUCAGUGUAGUGACUCUAGAGUUAUGUUUGGCUCCAUGAACAAGACAUAAGAUGUCUGGUUUAGAUCUGUUCAGGACUAUGUACGAUCACCAAGUUAUCGGACAUGUACUUCUCAACUUGCUGAUUGCCCUUAAAAUGAUUCUUAAGCUGGGUGUAUAACCUGGACAAAACAUUCAGAGAAAUUUGUGGAUAAGUCAAAUGGCCAGAUACUGGGCUGAGCUACCCUUGUCCAAAAGGAAUCAAUGGACAGCCCUUUGUCGGAAAAUUACAAAAUGUAGAUAAGUUAAUUGUUUUUUACGUAUAUGUGCUAGAUGUUGAAUCCUCUUGGCUUCUUCGUGUAUUUAUUUCUUUAGUAUAUUUUAAACAUCCUUGAUGAAAAUCUUUACUCUGCCGCUGGCUAGGAACAAUUGAAAGUCACUUAUCAUGACCGUAGCUUAAUGAAUUUCAACUAUGGCAGAAGCAUACAAGUGAAAGGAUACUUUUGAUUGGUUA